CCUAAAGUCAAGGAGGACGCCUGGCAGCAAUACAAUUUGACUUUGAAGCUCCUGAACGAGAGCUUGGGAACCUGCCUCGUAUAAAUGGUCUACUUCGGAAGUACUCGUCUGGACCAUUAUCCAUCAACCCCAAGGCAACAACACUACCACCAGAGGUUUCGGGCACUAUCGUCCGUAGGUUUUCUGUGUGCCAUCACUUAUGGGUUAACCGGACUCAUGUUUCCCGCCUUGUUACAAAGAGCGACAACCUCUCUUCGCAGGCCCUGUCCGUGAAAAAUGCUCGCUCUACAGAUACACUUGCAGCUAAAAGGCUAGGCUAUCGCUGGACUCCAAGGUAUGAUCAGAAAUGGCUUUCCCAAGCCGGUGGAUGGCUGUG